AAAACCAACCGCCACAAACUCGUCGCUUUCCCUCUCGACUCUCACCACACAUGGUGCAAAGGGCAUUGGCAACACCACCACGAGGAGAAGAUGCCACAUCAACAAGUCACUGAUUACAGCUUAGAUCUUCCCGAAAGCCUUCGAGAGCGCUGCUUGAGAUACUACGGAUGGGACGACGCUUUUACCAAGAAAGCCCUCCGUGGCUAUCGGCAAUUCAUGCAGUUGAAAAUGCAACUAGAAGACUGGCAUGCCGAAAUUCUCUCGCCAUCACCGACCAUUGACGCUGUUUGGCUCCAGCAUAUAGUAGAUGUCGAACAGUACGUGAAUGCGUGCUUGGACUACUGCGACAACUUGAUUGGUCACAAUCCUGACGAUGACCUUGACAACUCAGGUGCCCGAAAAGAGCGAAUUCGGACCACCAUGCGUUCCUUGAAGCUAGUCUUCGCCAGGGAUAUUGACAGAGAAGUGUGGUCGUUCGGAGACAUGAACUUGGACGAUGAAUUUUCUCCCCGAAACGUCAUGUCUGGACAUCUCGAUGACCAUGACCAGAACAACAAUAAGCAAGACGGAUGGAUCAAGUCCAGGCCAUCGGCAAGAGACGAUGACGACGACAGGAGCACUUCCCGUGGCCGUGGAGAUCAAAGUCGACAAUAUGUUAGCGACGAGGAAGAACAAACUGAAGAUGUCGUCAAUAGGAGAGAGAAACAUUCUCGACAAAGAAGAUCAAGACACCAUGACAGCGAUGAUGAAGCGGUAGGAGAGAAACGUACAAGUAGAAGUCACAGCAAGCAACCUUCACCGAGGUCACCAAGGGUGAGAUCACCAAGGAUGAGAUCCCCACGACGACGUGUUGACAGUCGAGAGGAGCAAGAGGCAGAAAAUGACAAGUCAGCAUACUGGAACGCCGCAAAAAUGACCAGCAGGCGAUCUCGAGACAACCACAGCAACGACGACGAUGACGAGGGAAAACCUGCAAUCAGCCCAACAAAGCGCUACCACGGAAGCUUUGAUCAAUUCGACGAAGGGGAUGAGUGCCAAUGGCCCAUCUCGGCAAGCGAAAUGGCCGAGACACAAAACAAGAAAGUUACCAUUCAGGUUCGCGACCAAAGGAAUGGUGACAUUCAACGCUUUCGCAUUCGGAGGAAUAGAAAGCUUGUCAAACUGUUCAAAGCCUACACAGAGGCCAAUCGCCUAUCUAUGGAAAAGUGUCGCUUCUUCUACAAAAGUGAACGCAUUACCUCCGAGAAAACGGUCCUCUCGGUCGGAUUGCACCACGAUGCCAUGAUUGAUAUGGUGAUGGACAAAAGACGCAUUUUUAGCUAGCCAGGCAGGCUGGCUACAGGGCAAGUAGUUUCAGACGACAAUCGUCAGAUUCUAUUUGCAAACUACACCACCGGGAACAUGGACGCGAACACGGGACUUUUCAUGAGUUAGUGGGCUGCCUUCCUCGUGUUCAGGGUACUUUUGGGGGCUCCACUGCAUGGAACUCUCUGGGCAACAUGGCCCGCUGUAUUUGUAAUUUAUUUAUUGGGUGGUUCUAUCUUGUUUUGCUUUCACAGAGAAGCGUCAGCAGCUUA